AUUUGCUAAGUACUGCGAGUCUAGGACCAUUGUAUAUCUAGCAACGUGUUACUGAAGUGUAUAUUUGAUAAGAUAUAUAGCGACACACUUAACGAUAUUUUACAUAAUUAGAGAGAGAUGAUUAUUAUUUAUUAUAAGUAGUAUAUCAGUAAAAGGCUAAAAUUAAAAAUGAAUAUGUGAAUAGUACAGAUCAUACGAAUAUGUGAAUAGUAGAGAUAACUGGACAAAGACCUUUCUGUUUGUGAUUAAAUUUCAAUCGGAUUAUCAAACUCAAAAAAGUGCACAAUUGAACAAGUUAUAAAAUGUUAGUUACGGUGGAAUGAACUUAAUCCUUAUAAACCUCUCUGUUUAUUCAAAACUCUUGCACUAUUCAUACUCCAUUAUCCUAUCGCUUAGGGUGAUUCCCCGGAGGAUGGCAAGUAGAAGUGUAGAACCAAAUCUCAAGGGUUCACCAGGGGCAUACCUAGACUCUGAUAUUCAAGCCAAAAUUUUGAGUAGUUAUCGCUAUCGACAAAAAGUAUGCCAGAUUUCUGUAUUUAAAUUAUUGGACCAAAUAACUGCUAAUAAGCCCGUAUUGAAUUUGUCAUGUUCUUUUUUUGUUUGGGAAAAGCUUCACUAAAGUUAAAAUGGCUUGUUUGUAAUCGAUAAUCAAACACCAACACAUAAAAUACAAACUCAUUUUGCUUUGGCUGGUGCUUGUUCCAUUAGUAUGCAAACCAUCGCAAUUCGCAAACAUAAAUCCUAAACAAAGGAAUCUAGAAUAGAUACUCAAAUGAAUUACCACCAAGUCCACCAUAGGUUUAGCCUUCCUAAACCUCCACAUCCAAAGUGACCCCUAUACAUAGGGGUGGGCAUGGUCCCUAUUCUACACUGGGCCAGGACCUGCUGAAGACUGAGCCGGUUUUCCAAUCCCGGAACAGAAUUGAUACCAGUCAGUUCCGUAUUUUUUUAACCGGCUAAAAAACCGCUCUGGAACUGACAUGAGAACUGACAAGAAACCAGACUAGGUGUAACUGGUUACAGUUUUGGUUCCAGCAUAACCAAGACCUGGAAACGGCCAAUGUGGAACUUGGACUGGAAAAGUGCAACCUCUAGUUACACACCAUAUAGAUAUACAUUACUCUGGAUGAAUCAUAUCUAUGGUAUGGUCUGUCUGUCUCCAUAUAAGCGCACCACCUACUGGCUCCAUGAUAGGGACCUACCUAUUUGAGUAAUAAUAGAUAAUAAUUCUAAUAUGAAUACUAGAAGAAUAGCUACUGUUUAGUGGGCCUGUUAUUUUGGGCCUAUUAUUAUAGAGAAUAAUAAGAUGGGUUUAUACUAUAAAUAGAAAAGGGGAGGAAGGCAUAAGGAGGCUUUUAGACAUUUGGUCUUGGGACUGGGAAGGAUACGAGACUGAACAUCUCGAUCUUUUGGGGCUUCGGCUUUGGGGGCUUCGGCCUUUGUACGAUUACUGUUCAUCUUCUUCAAUAAAGAAUUUCAGUUGUUUUUCUUGAUAAUUUUCUGUAAAUUGUUCUGGAAUUCUGGAGGUUCUUAACAAUUGGUAUCAGAGCGAGUUGAUCGCUAGAAGAGAUAGACAUGCGCAAAUAUGGAAGGGAGAAUCAACGAAGUGCAAACAAAUAUGGAAAGAAGUCUGCGGGAGUUCCAGACUAAAAUGGCGGCGAGUUUUGCGGCGUUACAAAUAAGUAUCCCGAAAUUGGAGAUAAACACGCGGAAUUGAUCGGGAAGCAGACCGCAUAAGUCAGACUCAUUGCAUCGUUCAUCGCAUCGUUCCUCAACAUCGACCUUGGUGAAGAUAAGCUCGGACUCUUCGCAUCGUUCCUCGCAUCGCACACCUCGCCAUCAUCAUUCACCUCGUCAUCAUCAUUCGCCUAGCCAUCACCACUCGAGUCACUCGCGAAAAUCAGUAGGUUCAGGGGAGUCGGAAGGGAAUUCUGACCAUUCUCAUCCGCAUCGCUCUUCGCAGAAUUCUUAUCAUCGCUCUUCGCAUCACUCUUAUCAUCGCUCUUCGCAUCACUCUUAUCAUCGCUCUUCGCAUCACUCUUAUCAUCGCUCUUCGCAUCAGAGUUCGCAGACUUCCUUAAAGGAUUCUCACAGUUCACAUUCUUCGUCUAAAGUUACUUCUCGGAAUUCGACUAGUUCAAAGAAGGAAGAAUUACCUCUAUUCUACGAACAUGAAGCAUACGAAUGGAUAGGGAGGAUGGAAAGAUAUUUCCGAGUCCAAGCUAUUGCAGAAAGAUUUAAAGUGGACGUGGCAGCAAAGGCUAUGGGCGAAGAAGCAGAUGGCUGGUUUCAAUGGUGGGAUUUUCAAAAGAGAGAAGAUAGUUGGGAGGCUCUAAAAGAAGAUGUGAUUAGGGAUUUUCCACCUAGACACCGGCAGAAGACGGGGAAGACAGCAAAACAGGAGUCAACCAGAUCAACAAGAACUUCUUCCAGUUCGCAAAAGUCAUUGCCAAAAUCAUCCUUCAGUUCACAGGAUUCAGUUGCUACUACCAGUUUACUUAAGAAGCAAUCCAUAUGUGAAGUUACCAGUUCGCAAUCCGGAAUUGUGGCUGUCAGAUCGGCAUCAACUUGUAUCAGGCCACCAGAAGAUUCGGAAGGAAUGGAAAAUGUGGAAUCAGAUUUAUACUCAUCUCCAAAGGAUGUUUGGACUGAAGAAAUUUCCGAUUCAGUUCAAGCUUUGAUGCGGAAAAUUUCAUUAAGGACACCAACUCUUGAGUUGAAUCGGGUUGAAUCAUCAGUUUCAAUUGAACCUGUAAACAAG